AUGUUCGAAGUGAUUCGGAUCACUGAUGCCAGUCUGAGCGACGUUCAGCGAUCCGAGUAUGCUCAAAAGUAUACCGACCUUCGUAUUGCGGGACUCGAGCGCUCACCGCACGCCUUUUCAACGACGGUCGCGAUCGAAUCCCAAUUGACCUCCGACAAGAGACUAGCGCGCCUUCAAGAGCUGCAAAAGACCAUCUUGAUAUGUGUCAAUCAAGACACGGACGAGUGGGCAGGGCAAGUGACGCUCAUUGGACCACUGACGCGAUCCGAGUACGACCUUUCUUUCCAGAUUCUUCCUGGAACCGAAAGCGCCACGUCGCCUUCGCUAGCGGACGAGUCAAAUGGCGCAUACUGGCACAUGACGGCGCUAUACGUCGAUGACCACAUCCGUGGCCGUGGUCUCGCGCGUCUCCUCUGCGAAGAGUGCUUCCGAUACAUCGGAAAGGGGCAACUGCGAAUCAUCAUCAAGCCGGACAAUAUGGUGGUUAUAGAGAUGUACAAACGCAUGGGUUUCGAAGUGCUCAUUGGCCACGCUGCUCUCAUCGAGGCAAUCCACGCAAGCAGAGAUGGAUUCGACAAGCUGCCCGCCGGGGCUGCAGGAGAUCCAUCGUACACAACGCGCGGCGGGAUCGUGAUGGUCAAGCGCGUGACCGAGGGAGUAACGCACAACGCCAGCAGCAGUGCCUGA